CUUACCAAACUUGAUCUGUUCGCAUUUAUUGCAGCUCUGUCAUACAAUAUCAAUCACCUUAUGAUGUUGUGGCAAAAAGAGAUCGAAUACCACCAACUCGCAACACAGACUUGCGGGAGCACAAAAUAGAGCAAGUGAUAACUACUCCCUGCCCACCCGACGCACUCUUAUUCGAUUUUUUCCUUCCUUCAACCCCAUCAUGCGAUCAAUCAUAAACCCGAAUUUUAUUUCGGGAACCAGUUCUUUGAACCUUUUCGGCAAUUCUUCACCUUUUGAUUGCAUGGUAGUAAUCAGAACAAACCAAUUUAUAUAAAAACAAGGCAGGAAUUGAAAAAGGAUCAAAACACAUCAGUUCUUCAAACUGUAACAACCUUCUCGCCGUUCAACAAUUUCCAAAGGAAAUCAACAAUCAUGAAGUGCAUCGCAGCUGUAGUCAUGAUGGCCCUGGCCGUUGUUGCUGAAGGAAAUCUCGUGCCCUACUCGGUCCCAUUGGCUUACUCCGCUGCCCACACCACGGUUGUCCAGCAGAACGUGGCCCCUCGAUACAUUUCCACGGUUCCAGUGACUUCCUAUGCCGCUGCUCCAGUCACCUACGCUGCUGCUCCAGUCACCUAUGCGGCCGCCCCUGUGACCUACACCGCUCCUCACACCACUGUCGUCCAGUCGAACGUUGUCCCACGUUAUGUAGCCCCAGUGGCCUACGCUGCUCCCUCGGUUGUGGCCUACAACUCUGUCGAUUCGGAAGUCGUUGAAGCCACCCAUGUGGCCGCUCCAGUAGCCACCGUUGUGGCCCAGCCAGCCGUCGCCGUCGUUGCCCAGAAGGAAGCCCGGUAUGUCGCUGCCAACCGUGGAGCUGUGCAUGAUGCCCCCCUCGCUGGACACACCGUUUCGCAGCAAUCCCUCAAUCUGGAACCAGCUGCGGGAACCGUUUGAAGUGAUUAAAUCUUGGCUUUGAGUAACUUGCUUCGUAUCCUAGUCUUGUACAAAUUGAGUGUAAACGUGGUGAAAUACUUGUGAAUAAAUUGUGCUAUCUUGUUCCAAAGGAUGUUUGUAGAUUAUUGAGUUAGAACACUCAGUGAAUGGUUUCAACAUGAAGGAACAGGUCGAAAUUCAAUCCGAUUGUAAAAGUACCAACAAGAACUAAACUGCUAUUUCAAGCUUGCAAAAUCAA